AUAACUCGAUACUGAAAGGGAAUACAAGUGUUUGAUUGGCCAACUGCGAGGCCGAGCCCCGUAUAUAAUUCGAUCUUUACUUUAGUGCUUUAGUUUCCUUCUUACCUCUUGCCACGCGGCUGCCAAAAGGUCAUUAUGCCUUUUUUAAAGACCAUUUUGCUGUUGACUGUCGUUGGUUUGCUUAACUUAUCGACAGUCGCACCAGACAGCGCUGGAAUAGUGGAAAUGGUGAAUGGAUUGGCGUAUGGUGGCAUUCCCUACGGAAGUAUAACCGGGAUGGUAGCAAAGUAUCCAGGAUUCAUCAUGGGGCAACAAUUUAAUUCUCUUCAGGCGCGACAAUUAAAUGGAUUCAAAAAUGUACAACCAGUGGUCAUCACCCCAAAUUUUAGGGCGACGAGAUUAGCGGGAGUGCAUCCACGACCCGUGCAAAUUUACAACGUUCCAAGUGUUGUUGCACCUGGUGUUGUGGGCACGAUCAGCCACAUAGGAUAUUAAAGAUAAUUAGUUAUAAAAUAAGUUAGCGAUAAAAGAUAUAAAAAUUCCA